AUGCAGCCGCUCCUGCUCCCACUCCUGCUGGCCUUCUUCCUGCCCUCCAGGGCAGAGACAGGGGAGAUCAUCGGGGGACAUGAGGCCGAACCCCACUCCCGCCCCUACAUGGCCUAUCUUCAGUUCUAUCAAGGGAAACCGAAGUUCUGCGGAGGUUUCCUGAUACGAAAAGACUUCGUGCUGACAGCCGCUCACUGUAGGGGAAGCUCCAUGAACGUUACCCUGGGAGCACACAACAUCCGCAGGAGGGAGGAGACCCAGCAGGUCAUCCGUGUGAGAAGAGCCAUUCCGCACCCAGACUUUGAUCCUAACACCUUGGCCAAUGACAUCAUGCUGCUGGAGGGAGACUCGGGCGGCCCUCUGGUGUGUGACGAUGUGGCCCAGGGCAUUGUGUCCCAUGGAAAGAGGAAUGGGAAACCUCCACAAGUCUUCACCAGAGUCGCAAGUUUCCUACCUUGGAUACACGAAACCAUGAGAAGCUUCCAACUGCAGGAAGCAGACUAA